UAAACAACAACAAGGAAGUGGUUGACGUAGUUUUUUGAGACAGUAGUCAUUUUUUAAAACAAAAAAUAAUGGACAUUCUGAAGGAGUAGUGUUUUGGUUUAUUUAUUUUUUUUACAGUUAACAGUGAGGAAUGGAGGGCUCUAAGUCUGCCAGCACCACCAUGCAGGUGAGCUUCGUGUGUCAGCGGUGUAGCCAGCCGCUCAAACUGGACACCUCCUUUAAUGUGCUCGACCGAGUCACAAUCCAGGAGCUCAUCGCCCCGCUGGUUACUGUGACUCCCAGCAGCAAACAGACUGACAGCAGUGGAGGGGAGGCAGCACCAGAGGAGACGUUUGUGGAAAACAAGCAAGAUGGAGUGUCCAGAAAGUACAUCCCUCCUGCACGGAUGAUGUCAACGGAGAGCGCCAACAGUUUCACGCUGAUUGGGGACGCUUCGGAUGGCGGAACCAUGGAAAACCUUAGUCGAAGGUUAAAGGUAACCAGUGACCUCUUUGACAUCAUGUCCGGCCAAACGGAUGUGGAUCACCCUCUUUGUGAGGAGUGCACCGACACUCUGCUGGAUCACCUGGACACCCAACUCAACAUCACAGAGAACGAGUGCCAGAACUACAAGCAGUGUCUGGAGCUUCUCUCCAACCUACAGGUGGAGGAAGAGGAGACUCUGCAGGCAGAACUGCAGCAGCUGAAAAACGAAGAGGAAACUCUGGUCCAGGAGCUGGAGGCUGUGGAGGAGCAGAGGGCUGCUGUGGCCAAGGAACUGGCCCAGAGCAGGAUUCAGUCUCAGCAGCUGGACACAGAGGAGCUCCAGUACCAAAAAGAGUAUAGUGAGUUUAAGCGGCAGCAGCUUGAGCUGGACGAUGAGCUGAAGAGCGUCGACAACCAGAUGCGUUACUGUCAGAUUCAGCUGGAUCGACUUAAGAAAACAAAUGUUUUCAAUGCAACGUUUCAUAUCUGGCACAGCGGCCAGUUUGGUACCAUCAACAACUUCCGCCUGGGUCGGCUUCCCAGCGUUCCCGUGGAGUGGAAUGAGAUCAAUGCGGCGUGGGGGCAGACGGUGCUGCUACUGCACGCUCUGGCCAACAAAAUGGGGCUGAGAUUUCAGAGAUAUCGUCUGGUCCCUUAUGGAAACCAUUCAUACUUGGAGUCACUGACAGACAAAUCAAAGGAACUCCCGUUAUACUGCUCAGGUGGUCUGAGGUUUUUCUGGGACAAUAAGUUUGAUCACGCCAUGGUGGCUUUCCUGGAUUGCGUCCAGCAAUUCAAAGAAGAGGUGGAAAAGGGAGACACUGGCUUCUGCCUCCCAUACAGGAUGGAUGUGGAGAAGGGGAAGAUUGAGGAUACAGGUGGCAGCGGAGGUUCCUACUCCAUCAAAACCCAAUUCAACUCUGAGGAACAGUGGACCAAGGCGCUCAAGUUUAUGCUCACCAACCUGAAGUGGGGGCUGGCAUGGGUCACAUCACAGUUCUACAACAGAUAAACACUUUGGACUCCAAUAAGUCAUAUUGGCUCUGCACGGUCCCUAAGCAAUGGGUGGAACGGUUCAUGUAUGUGGAUUUCUGGCUGAAAUUGAAGUCUGAGAAUUCCCAGGAUCAAACUGUUGGUCCACUUUGGAAUAAUUCCAGAUUUACAUGCCUUUACAAAAGCCCCUUAUGAUCGCUUUUUGCUCUGCUAGUAAAUACUUUUCAUCUUGCAUUAGAAGGAGAGUUACACUUCAUGAGACUGCUGAGGAGCAAGCUGAAGAGAAAAAGCAGUUCAUGACCGUUUUUGUUCACAAUGGGAGGCAGUUUGAAUCCUGUCAUUUCAACCAAAACUGUUGCUGUAGUGGUUACAUUCAGCCUAAAUACAUAUUCAGCUAGCACCAUCAAUGGUGCUCAUACGCCUGUAUGUUUAUCACUCUGCAGCCUAACAUUUCUAAAAGAUGUAAAGAGAGAAGUCUGUUAAUAAAAUGUUUACACUGGAA